AUGUCUCCGACUAGGUUCAACCAAAGUGUACACGCUAACCUGUCGCAGCUUCUACCGGCUAUCGGAGUCUGUCACUACCUCAUAGUAGACAUUGCCCACGGGUCCCCACCAAACUACAGGGCUACCGACUACGAAUUCAUUCGAACCUUCUCAAGAAGCCUCCCAGUUCUGUUUACAAUCGAUGAAGCCAUGCCCGCAGACAUGACUAAAGCAACGCACGAUCAGACGUUUCGCAAUAACCUUGCUUCAGUGCGCAAAGACCUGCCAACUUUUGCCGGCUUAGGCUACCUUACAUCUAUGCCCGGGCUACAAAAACGGACCACUAUAAACACCAUUGUGCCGGUUCUCCGUGAUCUCUUCAGGAAACUGGAACGUGCGCUUUUAGAAGCGAGAGUUGGAGCUCCUGAAAUAUCCAAUUUCUUCACCAUCACACCAGACUCAACUCAGUACACGGCGGUUUACCAUGACCUCCUGAAUGCUCUAAACGGCAUUGUCCGCUUCAUCAUUGUCAACACGGUCACAAAACUUCAAUCAUCUCCAUGCUAUGCUCAAGCAAGAACUUCGUGGGACACCGGAUGCUUCUUUAGCAAUAGCAGCCAACUAACAAUGGUGGACAUUGUGAAGAUGACCGCAAAGCUGAAGAAUCUUGACUCCAGCGUUGCACUGACCUUGAGCAUGACCAUGACAGUUAUCAAGGGCAUCGACAUAAGUGCCAUUAUGCAAGCAGGAAGGCCACAUGCUAUACAUCGGGCGAAAUGCGCAAAUAUGACUGAAGACCAGUACGAAGUGGUGUGUCGCACUUGGCUUUACUCGGGAAGUUACGCUAUAAAUUACGUGCAUUACCUGCCGGACGGCUGCUGCAACUUCGUGGAAAGCCAAUAUCCCAAUGAAGUACUCACCUUCGAAACGCCGAAAUCCAUAGAAGACAAGGUGCGAGCCGCUUACAAAAUCGUUCGUGACGCUCCAGUGCUAAGUUGGCUUGCGUACAACGUGUCCUUGAACCUUGCACCUAGCAUAUGCGGCGGAAUAAACAGUCGUCUGCGGCAGUUCAGAGAACUGAUUGAGAGCCAUUGA